AUGUCUUCACGCUUUCCCUUUAACAACACCUCAAACUUUGUUGACCUUUUACAAAGUCAACAAGAGAGUGUGUCAAGCUACCCUAAUCCAUAUCCUUCCUUCGAACUACCUGCCUUCAGUACCCAAGCAAACACCGAAGAAGUAGAAGAAGUAGAAGAAGUUGGAGUGACGAGCAAGGUGAUUAGAAGACCGUGGAGUCCUGCGGAAGAUACCCUGCUCAUCAGCUCCUGGUUGAACACCUCGAAGGACCCGGUUGUUGGAAAUGAACAGAAAGGUGGAACUUUUUGGAGUCGCGUAGCUACAUACUUUGCGGCGAGUCAAAACGGAGGAGAAGUCCGAGAGUCAGGGCAAUGCAAACAAAGAUGGCACAAGAUUAAUGAUCUUGUGUGCAAGUUUUGUGGGGCUUAUGAGGCAGCAACAAGAGAAAGAACAAGCGGUCAGAACGAGAAUGACAUUCUCAAAAAUCCAAUAAAAACGUUGGCAACUGUAAAGAGGAGGACCGAUGAUGGAAAUGCAGAGGGGAAUGAAGAUGGAAACAAGAAUGGUGCAGGGGCUAAUCAGGGAACGGUCAGACCUCCAGGUGUUAAAGCCGCAAAGGUUAAAGGUAAAAAGCUGGACGUAGUUGAGGCUGUUAAUGCGUUCAGCAACAUGUGGGGUAUGAAAAGAGAAGAAAUGGUUUUGAAAAACGAAACCCAGAGGAUGGCUCUUCUUGAUUCCCUUAUUGCGAAGGGACCCCUCUGUGAAGAAGAAUAA